GCCUCUAUUCAGUUACAAUUCGCGGAUACUGUCCAGCGUUCGGUAAGACUAUUGGCUCGUUGGAAUGUCAUCCAAUCAGAGAGACGUUUGAAGUAUGAAGAAGGCGGAAAUGGUCUGAAUGUGGGUGUGAGGAGAAGUAGUAAUAAUAAUAAUAAAGGCCGUGUGGCAGGUCGCGAGUUGGUUCCCAGGCAGGCAGACAGACAGAGAGCUAAAAUGGACACCGCGUUAAUAAAGAGUGAUUGAUUCUUGACUUGGUCCUUCACAUCAUUGGGACACAUCAAGUCCUCUGUCUCCAAGACAUCCAGCAUGGCGGCCGACAUCCACGGUAAAGGGGUGACAUGGGACACUCCAAACGGACACCUCGCACCGGUUGAGCAUCUUCGCAACAACAGAUCGGAGAGUCCGACUCCGGGGCUGGUGGAAGGGACGGAACCAGGCGCAGGUCAGGAACGUGCCAUGUUCGUCCACACGCAGUCUUUCGAGGACCUGACGGCUGACGUGGAGCUGACGGGAAGCCGCCGCUCUGACGCUGAUGAGGUGGAGGAGAAGGAGGAGGAACAGCAGCGAGGAGGAGAAGCAGAGCCUGUUGAUGAGCUGAAGCAGGAUGUGCAGGCUGUUGUCCGGGAGAAGGAGGAAGACGUGACGAGCGAGACAUGGCGUUCACACAAGAAGCACGUGUUCAUCCUCAGCGAGGCAGGGAAGCCCAUUUACACUCGCUACGGCUCUGAGGAGGCGCUCUCCACCACCAUGGGGGUCAUGAUGGCGCUCGUGUCGUUCGUCGAGGCCAAGAAGAACGUCAUACUCUCCAUUCACGCAGAUGGUUUUCGUGUGGUGUUCCUACGUAAGAGUCCUCUGGUGUUGGUGUGUGUCUCUCGCUCGGGUCAGUCAGACAGCGAGCUCUGGAGAGAGCUGCACUACGUCUACUAUCAGAUCCUGAGUCUGCUCACUCUGCCUCAGCUGCAGCGCGUCUUCCAGCAGCGUCAGAGCUACGACCUGCGCCGGCUGCUGGCCGGAUCCGAGCGCGUCACCGCAGGGCUGCUGCGCCUGCUGGAGACGGACGCAGGGCUGAUGCUCAACGCCACCAUGAGCCUGCCGCUCUGUAGCACCACACGCAACAUUGUCUGCACCAGUCUGCAGGCGGCCAGCUCCAAGAACCUCGUCUUCUCCAUCCUGCUCGCCGGGAACAGACUCAUCGCUCUGAUCCGGAAGAAAGAGCAGCAUCUCCAUCACACCGACCUCCACCUGCUGUCCAACCUCGCUGCCUCGUCCUCAUCGUUCAGGCAGGGGGAAGGCUGGACACCCGUCUGCCUGCCCAAGUUCAACGCCUCUGGGUUCUUCCACGCUCACAUCUCAUACCUGGAGCCAGCGUCUGAUCUCUGUCUGAUCCUGGUCUCCACAGACCGAGAGGACUUCUUUAACUUGUCCGACUGUAAGCAGCGCUUUCUGGAGCGGCUGAAGAAGCGUAACGCCUACCAGGCCCUGCAGGAGGCACUGCACUCGCCCACCUACCCCGUCUCACAGGUGGGCAUCCCUGAGCUCUGGCACUUCGUCUACAAGUCCAAAAGCUCCGGGCUUUACACCAGCCCGGAGCUGCCUGUGCCGUAUCGCGCUGAAGAGGAGCAGGAGAGGCUCAUGGAGUUGUACCAGUACCUCCACAGUCGCAUGCACCAUCCGACACGACCCCUGCGCUCCAUUUACCGCUGCACCAACACGGAGAACCUGUUCGCCUGGUCAACCAGCGGCUUUGAGCUCUACCUCUGCUUCAGUCCUCUGGCCACAAAAGCCCUGGCCAUGUUGGCCGUCACCAAACUUCUGAAGUGGAUCAGGAAGGAGGAGGAUCGCCUCUUUAUCCUCAACUCGCUCACAUACUGAGACCCAAUUCCUGAUCCCCAGGACGGGACGGGACACGUCUGACGCCUCUCGACCACUGACACUGUGCUGGAGCUGCUGUCAGGAUCUGGUGAACCACACAGUGGAGGGCUGCACAGGAAACAUUUCAGAUCCUUCAGAGGCUCGGCAUGAGCUUCACCGAACAGAGUAAAGCGAGCUGUAUGAGGCUCGGGUCUCGAUCAUCAAACCUCAGUGACCAUAACACAACAAAAACAGGAUAUUGUCUCAACAGCACCUCAAAAAAAAAACCCCAAAAACAACACCCCUCCCUCAAAAAAUCAGAAACAAAAACACUAACAUGGCAUUCAAGGGACAGUGUGGAAAAUGUAGUACUUUUAAAUCUCACAUAAUAUAAGAUCAGGCUGCACCUUUGAUCGAAAGAUAGAGUUCCUCAAGGGUUCUUGGUUGCCCACCAGGAGUACACUUUUAAAGAUAAGGGUGCUUUUUAGAGCUGUGCCAUAGAAGAACCAUUUUCAUUCCCGAGAGAACCUUUCAGCUUCGGAUUCUUUUGUCUUUUUGGGCUUAAAUACACUGCUGUAAAUACACAGGAUGAACAUUUUCCACCAUCAAAUCUUUCCAUUUAAUGCUGACAUUAGAGGAGGGAUCUUUUUAAAUUUCUCUUUGGAACCAACAGAAAUGAUGAUGAAUGAUGGUCCAUUGAUCCAAAGGUUCUUUAAAAAUUCUUCUCCAGCAUCCGUAUAAAUGACAUUUUCUUUCACUUUUAGGUUAGAGUGUAAGUAUCGCCAUUUCUUUCUUUACUUGAAGAGUGACAUGUAGAAAAGUUCCUUCAGGCUCCAUAGGUGGGUUUUUUUCCUCAGAAAAAAUCCUGAAUUAUUAUUAUUGUUAUCUUGAAAGCUCAAAACUUUAUGGAACCCCUGACUGCGACAAUUUUUUUUGUUGCAUCAGUAUGUUUCUAUGCAGAAUGGGUUCUGAUUGGAAACCUUCUGAUUCCCCUUUCAGACCACCAGAAAACGGGUUCUUGAACUGGUUCUGUUUGGGAUUCUUUGAACCUUGGUGCAAAGCAAACCGGCCCACGUUUUCAUUAGUUUUGAGUGGAACCGUUGUAAUCAAGGAUGCAUCGUGAAUGGAGGGCAUGGUACAGUUCACAACAGAGUAAACAGCCGUAGUAAGACGGUGGAGAUGGCGCAUUGACUACCUCUGAGCUUUUGUUCUGUUAUUACAAAUAUUUGUUUAUGGUCCAUUUUUUUUCUGAAGACGUUUCCUUUUCCAUUGCUGCGCUCUGCUAUUGACACGCCCACUGACUUUGUCAUGGUUCACGCUGGAAAAACCAGCUGUAUUUUGGUUCCAGCUGGGAUUCAGGUUUUUCAUGUAUUUUUGGUCGAAAUGCUCUGAACGGUUCAAAAUGUGGUGCGUGAUCCAGAACUGAACCCGUUUCCUGUUGGUGGAAAAGGGGAAUAAAAGGUUCUGUGUACAGGGUGAAAAAGGGUUCCACUUGAUUCGAGGGUUCUUGGAUUUGCCCCUCUGGGAGAAUCCUUGGAUGUUUUGAAGAGCGUUCAGUCGGGAUAUUGCGGAAAGUUAGUGCUUCAAAUCUUCGGAAUUCUUACUGCUUUCGAUUUCCCUCAAACAAAAGACAUCUCAUCUCAUCUCAUUAUCUGUAGCCGCUUUAUCCUUCUACAGGGUCGCAGGCAAGCUGGAGCCUAUCCCAGCUGACUAUGGGCGAAAGGCGGGGUACACCCUGGACAAGUCGCCAGGUCAUCACAGGGCUGACACAUAGACACAGACAACCAUUCACACUCACAUUCACAC